AUGACUGCGUCGGCUGUUCAAAGCCAUCUGCACCACACAGCUGCGAGCGACUGUUACGACCCCGAUGACGUCCUUCCUCACGAUAGCCCACAAAUGCAAGCUCACCGCCCCAGACUUCAGCCCUCACCCAGUCCUCCGCCUGCUCUCAGUCCUAGCCGAAAGUCGUUCCGCGGUCGUCACAAGGUCGAGCCCAUCCAAGGCGAUGCUGUGUUAGUGGCUCACCUCGGAUCCGGCAGAGCGCCAGACGUCGCCCAGGCCGCUGCUCUUGAACCCCUGGCCUCUGACAACGGAUCCGAAUCUGAGUCGUCUUCUCCAACCUCUCCUGAGCGCGACAUGAAUAAAUCGGCGGAACCUUUCGAUCUCAAAAUCCUCGCUGCCGGCGCCUUGGCUUUCACUUCACCUGGCGCUCCCGAAUCCUCUGUCCCAGUCACCAAUCCCGCUGUCGGGACACUCAAAAUCGAUCAAUCACGCUCAGGAGAGAGGUCCCGGGCUCAACAUGAGGCCUUGCCUUUGGGGGCCAGUAGUCGGGUGUUGCCAAUUCGCGAUGAUCGGCCAAGUCUAGGCUUAGCUUCCCCGGCCGUCCUUUACUCUGCCGGGGACAAGUACACUUCUCAUCGUUCCGCACCUAGUCUUUGCCAGGCCGAGGUCACGUCCCCGAUGAGCCCUCCACAGUCUGCUCCCAGUGGUCUUCCUCCACUUCUGGACUCCCCAAAGUCUGAUGGCAGCGGUCAUGGUCCGUUACCAUCUAUCAGAUCACAGCUUGGGGACUUGCAGCGCCUGGCAGAUACUGCCAGAAGUCCUGAGCAUGAUAUGGGUUCUGCGCGACACGCUGCUUCAUAUCCCAGGUCGUCACCUACCAAUAUGCCCAGACUGCCCUCACUAGCCGGACUCCCAGCCGGACUGCCAAUGGGCCAUGCAUCACCUCCGAUCUCACCCAAUGAAGGCUUUCGUAGAGAGCACCCGUCGCCCGCGCACCCCAUGGCCGUUGUCAGUCCUUACUACUACCCGUCUUCAUCGACCGGUGGCCAUCACCGACAGAGUACCGACUAUAGUAGCAGUACGGCAGAAACCCCAAGCACUGAUCAGACCGCGUCAACGCCCGCCACCUCCGUGGCAGAUCGCAUGAGUAUCGAUGGUCUUACAAAUCCUCAGGCAGGUUAUAUCUGCAACUUCUCGGGUUGCACUGCGGCACCAUUCCAGACACAGUACUUACUCAACUCGCACGCGAACGUACACUCAUCUGCUCGACCACACUACUGCUCCGUCAAAGGCUGCCCUCGUAGUGAAGGUGGCAAGGGAUUCAAGAGAAAAAAUGAGAUGAUCAGGCACGGGCUUGUGCAUGAAUCUCCGGGAUAUGUAUGCCCUUUUUGUCCUGAUCGAGAGCACAAGUAUCCUCGGCCAGAUAAUCUUCAGAGACAUGUUCGGGUACAUCAUGUGGACAAAGAUAAGGACGACCCUGCUUUGCGAGAUGUGCUGGCACAGAGACCAGAUGGGCCAAAUCGUGGCCGAAGGCGCAGAGGAGGGCCUGUCUAA